AUGAUUGCAACAACUCCAUCUCAGCCUAAGAUGUCUAAAUUAGGAAGGGAUGAUAAUCAAAAAUCAAUUGUUGUAGUGGAAAAAGAGAUCAAUGAUCACCCCAUCCUAGACGAUGAUGCACUAAAUGAUGAAAAACCUAUUCCAAAAGCUGGUGAUCAGUCUGAGACCGGUGAGUAUGAAGCAUUUCUUGAAUUGGGGUUUAUGGUACAAACUAUUGUUCCUUUGAACGUUGUUUUCCCUGAUACAUAUUUUGAAGGGGAGAUUCCACAACGAAGAAACAAUCACAUUGAGUCUGAUAAUGAGCAACCCAAUCCUAGAAAAAGGAAGGCUUCCUUUUCAAGGGAGCAAAUGAUGUUGAAGGUGGAAGUUAUUCAGCCACUAGUGGUUCUUCAGCUCCUCCUCUCAACAAAUGCAAGUUAA